AUGUCUCUAUCAGAACAAUGCACUUUUCGCGGCACUCCGUAUGUUACUGGUGCCGCCUCGGCCACGUUGUUGGCAACUGAUCUUGAGUUGAGUUUUUGGGGCGGUGUUGAUCCACGAACGGGGGAGGUUAUCGAUCGUUUUCACCCUCUGAGCGGGUGUUUUUUGAAAGACACUAUCUUGGCAAUCCCCGGAGGCAGAGGAUCAUGUGGCGGCAGUGUCAUCAUGAUGGAGCUGAUCCUCAAUGGCUUAGGGCCUAAGGGACUGAUUUUUGCGCGUCGCGAGGAAAUUAUCACGCUGGGGGUCAUAGUUGCUGAAGAACUGUUUGACAGGACAGCCGCUGUGGUUACACUGAGCCCAGAAGAUUUCCGUGAAGUUCUGGGCUGGAAUGGGAAGACUGUUCAUAUCCAGGGUGACCUGGUUUCGAAUACCCCCCUGGAGGCCAAUACUGCUAUUGGAGCUGCGAAGCCUUCUUUUGACCUUAAUUCUUACAAUAUUCAACUUACCGAAACCGAUCGGGCGAUGCUACGAGGAGCCAGCGGCGAGGCGGCCACGAUCUCAUUGAGAAUAAUUAUCAAAAUGGCGAGUAUGAUGGGGGCUCAAGAGCUGAUAGAUAUCUGCCAAGCCCAUGUAGAUGGUGCUUGGUACGGCCCUGGCUCAGUUACCUUUGCACAGAGACUUCGCGACUGGGGUGGCAAAUUCCAAGUCCCUACAACUAUCAACUCACUAAAUGUCGAUCAAAAGCGCUGGCGGGCACUUGGAAUCAACACAGAAUUUGGAUCAGCCUGCGAUGAGUUAGCUAAGGCCUUUGUCGAUAUGGGGGGCAAGAUUUCAUUUACAUGUGCACCCUAUUUACUUGAGACUGCACCGAAACUAGGUGAUCCAAUCGCUUGGGGAGAGUCGAAUGCUGUUAUCUAUGCAAACAGUGUAUUGGGUGCGAGGACUCUAAAGAAUCCUAACAUGUUUGAGGUUUUGAUAGCCUUGACUGGGCGCGCACCGAAGGCAGGACCCUAUUUGGAUGAAAAUCGCUUUGCGUCGAUAUGGCUAAGAGUAACACCACCUGAAGAUACUGACGAUUCAUUUUGGCCUAUCCUAGGUUAUGCUCUUGGGUCUAUCGCAAAUACUCGUAUUCCGGUCAUUUCUGGACUAGAACAUCUGAAGCCGAGUAAGGACAACUUCAAAGCAUUCUCAGCAGCUUUUGCUACAUCCUCCAGCGCUUCUAUGUUCCAUAUGGUCAGCCUUACACCAGAGGCUCCUACUCUCGAAGCAGUUUGCGCCAAGGGUAUAGUCCCUGAAGUACUUGAUGUUGGCUGGAAGGAGCUGGACGCUAUCUGGGAUGAGUUCAACCAUGGCUCUGAGCCUCGCGAAAUUGACCUUAUCUCGUUUGGCAACCCGCAUUUCUCCUACAAUGAGAUAAAGGAGUUGUCGAAACUGUGCCUAGGACGAAUUAAAAAAAAGGACGUAGCUGUGAUAGUCACCUGUGGCCGUUCUCAGUACGGCCUUGCCUCGCAAGCGGGCUACGUGGGGGAGCUUGAGGCUUUCGGAGUCCAGUUCCUGCAAGACACCUGCUGGUGUUCUAUUGAGGAACCUGUUAUUCCGAAGAAUACUCGGGCGAUCAUGACCAACUCCGGCAAAUAUAUUCACUAUGGUCCUGGGUUGACAGGCCGGCAGUUUGCUUUUGGUAGUUUGGAGAUGUGCGUUAAUGCUGCGUGUAUUGGGAAGACUACUGGAGAUCCCCCUUCAUGGCUACUGAAAGCCAGAUCUAGCUAG